AAAUAUAAAUUUAAAACUCAAAAUUAUAAAUAAUUCAAAUUCAAUUGAAGUUAAGUUAAUAACUUAAUAUGAGACGUUAGUAAUGUUAUUCAUACUAAUCAGAGUAAAGUUUAAAAAGUGACAAAUUUUUUUAUAAACAUAAUUAUUAAAAAUUAAGUUUUUUGAAAAUGAUUGUGUCUGUUUGCGUAAAAUUGCAUGCUCGUACAAUUUAUAACAUCGAAGUCUUCAAUUAACUUCAGCAGUGCACUUCGAAUUUUAACGAAUUUAAAGUGUGAUUGGCCAAAUUAAAAAAAAACCAAAGUAUCGGUUAUCAACCAUCAUUAUAUUUAAUAAUAAAAUUAUGUACAUAUAAAAAUUUAGAUGACCAAAAUUUUUUUUAUAAAUAUUCCAUAAACAUCAUUGUGUGAUUGCUUACCAUAUCUUACCAGUGAAUACUGUAUCAAAUUCUUUUACAUAUAAAGAGCAAUACAAUUAAGUUACGAAAAAUCGAAGAUCCUUUUUCUUUGUAAAUUACGUUAUAUACGAAGUAUAAGUUUUCAUAAUUUUCUUAUUAAUUUAUAAUAGUUUGUUUCUACUAUCUUAAAACCAUCAUAAUGCAAUCAGAAGAAAAUAAACGUAAGGGAGAUUUUUUACAUCAUACAAAUAGCCCUGAAAAAAUAAGAAAAGUAGGCCAGACUAGUAGCAGAUUUGUAGAUACGUUAAUAGGACAAUGGUCGAAGCAUACAGGAAUGCAGAUUUCUUCAAUGCAAGUAAAAGAUUAUAAAUCAAGUAUAGAUGAAACAGAACAAACAAACAAUCAAGAUCUCAAAAUACAAAUUUUGCAAAAAAAAUUACAAGAAGCAGAAGAUAAUAUAAUUACGCUUUCAACGAAUUUAGAAAGUGAACUCAGUAUUAAAGACGAAAUAUCAGAGAAAUUGACUUCUACAUGGGAAUCUAUAGAUACAAUAACGAACUAUUGUAAUUAUAUGUCUGAAAGUAUGAAAACAUUUCAAGAACAUAUAAAUCAUUUAACUACUUUAUACAAUACUAUAAUAGAUAUGCAAAAAAAUACAGUAGAACGACAAGAACAACAACUCUAUGAUAUGAAAACAAAAGAUGCUGAUCAUCAAAAGUAUAUUAGUCAAGUAGAAGAAAAUUUAGUGAUGCAAGAAAAAAAAAUACAAGAGUUGAUUUCUAUAAAACAUAUAUUAGAAGAAGAAGCAAAAAGUUAUGAAGAGAAAUUAUCUUUUGAGAAAAACUAUUUAAUAAGUCUUCAUACAGAAGAGAAACUAAAAUUAAUAAAAGAACAUGAAAUUGUUAUAAAUGAAAAGGACCAGUUACAAUUAUCCAUAAAACAAAUGGAAGAAAAAACAAAGAAUACAGUAGACUUAAUUACUGAAAAGGAAAUAUGCAUUACUAAAUUACAAGAAGAAAUAAAUUCUUACAUAAAUCAGAUAACAGUACUCUCAUCUCAGAAUACAGAAUUAAUUGAAAAUAUCGAAAAAUUAGAAAAAGAGAAAGAAAAAGAAGCACAAGAAAAAGCAAAUGAGGUAAAACAAUUGUUAGAAGUGAUAAGUAAAAACAAAGCAAAAGAAAAUGAAUUAACUGAAGGUAUAGGACAAAAAAUGGAACUAUGUAGAUACCUUGAGAAUAAUUUAUUAGAUACUAAAAAUAAAUUAGAACAAGCAGGAAAUACUAUAAAAAAUUUAAAAAGUAAUGAAAAUGUUACUAUUAUAAAUCUUCAAAAAGCAAUAGAGACUUUACAAAAAGAAAAAGCAGAAAUGUACACGGAAUAUCAAACACAAAUUCAGCAUAUAAAACAAUCUGAAAAAAAAGUUCAAGAAAAGCGAGAAGCUACUUUAAAGGAGGAAUUUAAAAUUACCACUACAAAAAUGAAGAAUACAAUAGAACAAUUAAAAGAAGAUAUUACAAAACUUCAUGAAGCACUCGAAGAAGCUAAAGCUGAAAAUAAUAUGUUGCGGAAUAAAGGUUUUGAAAUUAAAGAGAAUAAUAAUAAGUUAAAGAAGAGUGUUAGUAAUAUUUCCAAAUAUAAAGAAAAAAAUCAAACUGAAUCUGAGUUAGAAAAUAAAUAUACAAAGUAUCAAAAAGAAUUAGAUUUGGCUGAACAAAAAUAUAGAAGUAUACAAGCUAAACUUGAUAAACAAAUGGAAACACAACUGGAUAUAUUAAAAAUUCCACCAUUCUCACAUUCUCAAUCUCAAAAUAAUAAAAAGUUACAAAAUAUAAAAGAUAAAGAGGAACUUUUCAAUGAAUUGCAAAAAUCGUCUUCGCAACAAACACCAACACAAAUGUUUAGUGUUAUAGCAAGUCAAGACAAAAUUACGGAAAUGGAGAAUUCACCUGGUGAAAAAAAGUUCUUUAAGUUAAGAAAUACACAAGUUCGACGAUAUGGAAAUCAAAAGAACAAAAUUAUUAGAACAUAACAUAUUUGUUUAUACACGUUAUCAUAUGCAUAAUCAAGGAGAAAUAUACAAUUUUUAUAUUUUUGUUAUAAUAAUAUUAUUGCACAAACUAUUUUGAAGUAACAAUUAAAAAAGUCGAGAUUUUAAUUCAACUUUUUACUCCAGUAUCAUUGUUGACAUUUUUGUAAAUCUAAUCAAUGAUAGGAGUAAAAUAUCUAAAAAUUAAGUCAAUUAAAUUAUAUUUGCUAAUUUUUUUAAGUUAAAUACCAACCUUCAUUAAAAUACAUUUAAACAUUUGUAUAAUUCUUUAUAUAAUACAUAUAUAGU